UAAAUUGAAAACGCUUGACCUGCUGCGCUCGCUACGUGCCAGUGGAAACGCGCCUUCACUGUGAUGACGCGUUUGUAAAGUUAUUAAUUUCGUAAAUCUAUCGACUUUUUUUCAUUACAUUUCUAACACUAUAGGGUACUGUGUUUUACUACCUUGGCAUUAAUUCACAAAAAAAAAAAAACUACAAGGAAUAUGACGAGAUUCGCUCCCAAACUCCAGCAGUUUACUUUCGGUUUAACUGCUGGCAGUAAAGGCGUUGCUGGUGGCAUUUGAGCAACUUCAGCUUUUAUUUCCACAUAAAUUGCAUUAUCAUCUGAGAAGGACAGCGGUGAAAAUGAAUUAUUUUUGGAUGACAGUUAUUUUUCUCGUGACUGAUGCAUCUGCUGUAGAGACAGAUAGAGUAUCAGUGUUUGUGAUGGAGGGAGAUUCAGUCACUCUACACACUGGUGUUAUAAAAACUCAAGUCAACAAAGUGAAAUGGUAUUAUAAUGGCGAUCGCAUCGCUCAAAUCACUGGAGAUGCUAAUAAGACCUGUACAGAUGUUCAGUGUAAUAAUAAUAAUUUGAGAUUCAGAGACAGACUGCAUCUGGAUCAUCAGACUGGAUCCCUGACUAUCAGAAACAUCACAAACACAGACUCUGGACUCUAUAACCUACAGAUUAUCAUCACCAGCAGCAACAGAAGUGAAAAGAUCUUCAAUGUUACCAUCCAUGAUGUUCCGGCUGCAGAACGAGAUGAAAUGAAGAGAAAGUCAGUGAACGAGGGAGAAUCUGUCACUUUGGAUCCUGGUGUCAUGAAUAACCCAAAAGAUUUGAUGACGUGGCUUUUUAAUGACAGCCCCAUCAAUGAAAUCCCUGAAGAACCUAGUAAGAGCUGUGGAGAUGUUGUGUGUAAAGAUGGCGCUGGGAGAUUCAGACACAAACUAGAGAUGAUUCAGACUGGAUCUCUGAUCAUCACAAACAUCAAAACCACAGACUCUGGACUCUAUAAUCUACAGAUCAACAGCAGCAGAUUCAGCAUAAUGAGGACCUUCAGUGUUAAUGUCACUGCUGUUCCAGAUUCAAAUUUGUCCACUGCUGCUGUAGCAGGAAUUGUUGUUGGUGCUGCUGUUCUGCUGGUGGCUGUAGCUGUAAUUGCUUAUGUUGUGUGUCACUCUCGCCACAGUAACAAUAAACAAGAGAAUGGCAACAAAACAGAGCCCAGAUGUGAUGAGAAAAAUUCUCUAUUGACAUCCCCUGAAGGGACGUCCACUAAUCAAAAUGGCCCUCAGUCAAAGGACACUGCUGAUGGGAUGUCCCUUAAUCACAAUGGCCCUCAGUCGAAGGACACUGCUGAUGGGAUGUCCCCAAAUCAAAAUGACUCUCAAUUGGAGGACUCUACCGAUGGGAUGUCCCCUAAUCACAAUGGCCCUCAGUCAAAGGACACUGCUGAUGGGAUGUCCCCUAAUCAAAAUGACUCUCAAAUGAAGGACUCUACUGAUGGGACGUCCCCUAAUCACAAUGGCCCUCAGUUGAAGGAUUCUGCCAAUGGGACGUCCCCAAAUAAAAAUGACCCUCAACUGAAGGACACUACCAAUGGGACUUUUUAUAAUCUAGCUGAUAUUACAUUUAUAGAUGAUGAGUGAAAAAGCUUUUGCAUAGCUCUUGUAUAUACUUUGCAUCAACCAUUGAAUAAAUGCCUAUUUUGAAGUUGGAGGAGAAAAUUCUUGAAAUGUUUUCCUCAAAAAACAUAAUUUCUUUACGACUCCAGAUAGAAAGACAUAAACAUCUUGGAUGACUGGGGGUGAGUGAAUUAUCUGUAAAAUGUUGUUCUGGAAGUGAACUAAUCCUUUAAAGUUAAACAGAAAACAAGAACACUGUUUUCUAGAAAUAUUCUACACUAUUUUUGAAUGUUUGUGUAUGUAUGUAUGUAUGUAUGU